AUGGCCGAGGCUUUGCUGGAAAUUGUGAUUGAAAAUUUAGGAUCUUUUGUUCAACACCAACUUGCAAACUAUUGGGGUGUCCGCCAAGAGACUCAGAAGCUUUCCAGCAACCUCACUGCAAUCCGAGCUGUACUCAAAGAUGCUGAGAAAAAGCAAAUAAAAAGCCAUGCUGUGAAGGAUUGGCUGCAGAAACUCACAGAUGCAGCAUAUGUGCUGGAUGAUAUCUUGGAUGAAUGUUCAAUUCAUUCCAAAAAGGUGCAGUCAGAUCAUGGACAUGGUCCAUGCCUCGCCCGUGUGCAUCCUAAGGACAUUCUCUUUCGUUUUAAUAUUGGCAAGAGGAUGAAAGACAUCACCCAAAGAUUUCAUCACAUUCAUGAAGAAAGGGGCAUGUUCGAAUUCCGUCCUGGUGUCACAGAGAAGCAAGCAGUGGAUAAUGACGAUGAUUGGCGCCAAACUAGCUCUGUCAUUACCGAACCCAUAUUCUGUGGAAGAGACCACGAUCGAGAGAAAAUUGUGAAGUUUCUCCUGGAAGAUGCUAGUAACAGUGAAGACCUCUCCAUCUAUCCCAUAGUUGGUAUGGGUGGACUUGGGAAAACAACACUUGCCAAGCAGGUCUUCAAUGAUCACAGGGUAUGCAAACAUUUUGACCUGACAAUUUGGAUAUGUGUUUCUGAUGAUUUCGUCACGAAGACAAUAUUGCAAUCUAUCAUUGAAUGUAGCACCGGACAGAAUCCCAAUCUCAAUACUUUAGAAGCAAUGCGGAAAAAGGUUGAAGAAGUGUUGCAGAGCAAGAGGUAUUUACUUGUUUUUGAUGAUGUGUGGAAUGAAGACCAAGAGAAAUGGAAGGAGUUGAAGGGGAUGCUGCACUGUGCAAGAGGAGCGAAAGGAGCUACCAUUUUGGUCACCACUCGACUUAAGGAAGUAGCGUCCAUCAUGGAAACGCACCCUGCUUAUCUUUUGAAAGAAUUAUCAGAAGAUGACAGUUGGUCGUUGUUCAAACACCAUGCAUUUGGACCUAACAGAGAAGAGAGGGAAGAGCUUGGGGCAAUCGGCAAAGAGAUAGUGAGGAAAUGCGUUGGUUCGCCACUUGCAAUCAAAACUCUGGGAAGUCUUUUGCAUGAUGAGUGUGAGGUAACACAAUGGCAGAAUGUAAAGGAAAGUGAGAUCUGGGAUAUUUGUGAAGAAAGUAGUUCUAUCACAGGUGAGGAAAAUUCUAUCAUGCGUGCUUUGAGACUGAGCUAUUUUAAUUUGGAGUUGCCAUUGAAGAGAUGCUUUUCGUUUUGUGCAAUUUUUCCCAAAGAUUUUGAAAUUGUCAAGGAAGAACUAAUUCAUCUCUGGAUGGCUAAUGGAUUUAUUAAAUCUGAAGGAAAUGUAGAAGUGGAGGAUGUUGGAAAUAAAGUGUGGAAAAAAUUAUACCAUAGAUCAUUUUUUCAAGAAGCAAUGUAUGAUGAGAUUGGUAUGAUUAGAAGUUUCAAGAUGCAUGAUCUAUUUCAUGAUCUUGCCCAGUCUAUUAUGGGGGAAGAAUGUGUGCUUUACGAGAAUGAAAGGGUGACUCGUUUGUCAACUAGAGUUCACCAUUUGCACUCGUUAAAUUCUCAUGAGUCUGCCGAUAUGCCUGCUUUCACAAAAGUUGAAUCCUUGAGGACUUUUGUUGAAUAUAAUUUAAAAUGGCGUCGUGAAGAUAUUGGUCGAUUGCCAUCAAACCUUUGUCUCCGAGCAUUAUGCAUAAACUCUUAUUCUAUUUUGUCCCCCAUGAAGGGUUUAGCACAUUUGAGAUACUUGAGUUUGAAUAGAAGUUGGGUAACAAGGUUGAAUAAUUUUAUUUGUGGGUUGCAAAAAUUGCAAAUAUUGAAACUGGAAUACUGUGAUGGGCCACAUAACUUGUUGCCUAAAGACUUGACACAAUUACAGGAUCUACGACAUAUUGUGAUCAAUGGAUGUAAUUCAAUAGGAGAGAUGCCUCCGAAUAUUGGCAAGUUAAGGCAUCUAAGAACAUUGAGCAGUUUUGUGGUGGGUUCAAAGGCAGGGUAUGGAUUGGGCGAGUUAUAUGGCUUAAGGCUGGGAGGGAAGCUGCAUAUCAGAGGGCUUGAGAAUGUGGGCAGUGAAUGGGAUGCCAAACAAGCAAAUUUGAAGAGGAAGAAGGAGUUGAACCGCCUAUUCUUGUCAUGGGGUGGUAAUGCUAAUUCAGAAGGUAGUAAUGUCAAUGCUGAGGAAGUACUGGAAGCCCUCGAACCCCCGUCAACUCUCAAGAGUUUUGGGGUGAAAGGAUAUCGGGGAAUGAAGUUAUCGAGUUGGAUGAGAAAUCUUGCAGUUCUGAGAGACUUAGUGGAUGUUAUACUGUACGACUGUGAAAACUUUGAGAAACUUCCUCCCCUUGGUAAACUACCACAGUUGAAAAGGCUAUACUUAUGUGGGAUGAAAAAUGUAAUGUACAUAGAUGAUGAGUCAUAUGAUGGUGUAAAGGAGAAGGCGUUUCCAUCGUUGGAGAAAUUGAACGUGGAUAAUUUACCAAAUUUAGAGAGGAUGUUGAGAGAUGAAGGAGUAGAGAUGCUCCCUCGUCUUUCUGAAUUAAAAAUGUGGGGCGUCUCCAACCUUAAAUUUCCACGUCUUCCUUCUGUCGAGCGCCUUGAGGCUCGUAGCAUUGACGAAGGGGCUUCCUUCAUGGAAGGGGUUGUGAGGAAUAUGCCUUGUCUAAAGACCCUGUGUAUUAGAUGGAUUAAAGGAGUGGUGGUACCCGACCAGCUCAGCAGGCUGGGUGCACUCCAGGAACUAACCAUUGUGUCUUGGGAGGACCUUGAGUAUUUCCCAGAACAUGUGUUGGAAGGUCUGACCUCUCUUCGAACUUUGUCCAUUUCCUAUUGUGAUAAAUUAAAAUCCUUGUCUGAAGGCGUGCAGCAUUUGAGUUGUCUUGAGAGUUUGCGUGUUUAUGAGUGUCCAGAGCUGGGUGAUCUACCAAAGAAUAUGAGGCAACUAACUGCCCUUAGGAACGUAUCAAUUGAUAUGUCGAGGUUUCUCGAAGGCUUACGAGAUAUCCCCUCCCUACAACGUUUGGAAAUAAAAGGAUGUAAAUGUAGUUCAUUGCCAGAGUGGGUGGGAGACAUGACUUCUCUUGAAGAAUUAGAGUUAAUUGGAUGCAGGGAGUUGAGGUCACUACCAAGUACCUUUCCACGCCUCACCAACUUGUGUAGAUUAAGAAUAAAUGAUUGUCCUCAUCUGGAGGAGCGCUGCAAGAGGGAAACAGGGGAAGAUUGGCAACUCAUAGCUCGUAUUCCAGAAAUAGAGCUCCCAGAGGAACAGGCUUCAACAUACAGUGAGGGUAUCCGACGAUCAUCUUGCUCAUGGAACUGCUUCAAGCCUACAAGACAACCUGGAUUUGUAAUAAAAUCGGAUUACUUUGACAAUUUAAAUUUAAUAUGGCCGACUCAUUCCAAGGAAGAAGAUCAUGAAAAGAAGAUAUCUGAAAUUUUGUUGGUUGUGACUGUGUUCUUCGAAAUUUCGAAGAGCAUUGAGCUUGAGAUUGGAGAAAGUUCCAAAAGAUUUGGAACCCAAAUCAUCUCCCAAGAUUUGUUCAUUCUAGCUCUCUCCUUUCAACAAAUGGCCGAGGCUAUGCUGGAAAUUGUGAUUGAAAAUUUGGGAUCUUUUGUUCGACACCAACUUGCAACCUUUUGGGGUGUCCACCAAGAGACUCAGAAGCUUUCCAGCAACCUCACUGCAAUCCGAGCUGUACUCAAAGAUGCUGAGAAAAAGCAAAUAAAAAGCCAUGCUGUGAAGGAUUGGCUGCAGAAACUCACAGAUGCAGCAUAUGUGCUGGAUGAUAUCUUGGAUAAAUGUUCAAUUCAAUCCAAAAAAGACAUCACCCAAAGAUUUCAUGACAUUCAUGAAGAAAGGCUCAGGUUUGAAUUACGCGUUGGUGUCACAGAGAAGCAACCAGUGGAUGAUGAUUGGCGCCAAACUAGCUCUGUCAUUACCGAACCCAUAUUCUGUGGUAGAGACCACGAUCGAGAGAAAAUUGUGAAGUUUCUCCUGGAAGAUGCUAGUAACAGUGAAGACCUCUCCAUCUAUCCCAUAGUUGGUAUGGGUGGACUUGGGAAAACAACACUUGCCAAGCAGGUCUUCAAUGAUCACAGGAUCCUGCGUAUGAGAUCGAUUAAAGGAGUGGUGGAACUACCCAGCCAAUUCAGCAGGCUGGGUGCACUCCAGGAACUAACCAUUGUGUCUUGGAAGAAUCCUCUUGACAUAAUCGAAGAGGAGGACUUAUUGUGCGUGGAUCUUAUGUAUGAUUUGUGGAAUAUCACGCGUUAUACAGGCAAGGAUUUGGGGUGGGAUUACACAAAGAUGACAGUUGGCAUGAGCCCUAGUCCACUGUGGCUCCAAUCUGAAGGUCGUUAUAUUCCAUUUCCAGCAUGA